UUGAUGUCUUUUAACGGGUUUACCUAGAUUUAAUGUGCAGAUUUUUGUGUCAUGGUUCGGGACAGAAGUGUGUAGACACGUCUAGUGUGGAGGAGACACUUUUAGUGGACGUACGAGAGACGUGCUAACUACGUGUAGCUUGCUAGCAUGUCAUUUCGUUACUCUGCGAUUGUACUGCAAUGUGUUGAAGGUUUUUUUUAAUGUGUGCAAAGAUAUAAAGUUAAUUUGAUGUUAUGGAUAAGUGCUAUACACCGGGCCCGAGCUGUCAUUUUACCCCUUUCUUAUUAACAAUCUCAACUAACUUUUAAUGUUGUACCGUUAUUAAUGCGAAACCAAUGUAACCAUAGCGGCUUCAGUGCAAAGAUCAGGACGCGGUUUUCCAAAAUGUCCUCUUCAAUGGAAGAAGAUGAGGAAGCGGACGAGGAGGUCCAGUUUGUAUCAGAAGCCUCCCACAGACCAGUGCUGGAUUUUAUUGAUAUACCGAGUGACAGCGACGAAGACAGGGGUUUGAGUGAAGUGAUUGAAGAUACGAUUGAGCGACAGAAAGCCCAAGUCAAUUCCACGCUGGACCGGCUCAUGCGGCGAGUGGCGGCCGAGAAGCGGGAGAGAGCAGACAAAUGUAAAGCCUUUAAGGUAAGAUGCACCUUGAGGACACAACAGUGCCAUCUUGUGGCUGAAACCGGACCCAACACCAUUUCUUAAAGAGAAGCAGAUGUCACAAAGGGCUCAUGGGCGUCACGAGCUGGCGUGUGCCGCCACCGAGAGAACCGACUACGACGCGAAGCGCUGUGUGGACAUGUGGUUGAAGAUGCCAGGUGUUCGACCCGGUGUGGUGAACGGCGGAAGGGGAAUGGGACGGCCCCAGCGAGGCUCUUUCCCCAGCGGGAGCACCUCCAAGCACACCUGUCCAGUGGUCAACUGUGGGAAGGUGUUUGACAACAUUCCCCUCAUUGAGGGUCAUUUGAAAAGGUUCGACCACUCCCCCUGCGACCCCUCCAUCCACCUCAAAGGGAGCCCCUCCAAUGUCUUUGCGUGCGUCGUCUGCACCCGCCGCUUUGACACCCAUGGGGCGUGGCUGCUCCACCUCCAGUCCAAGGUGUCCUCAUCGGACCCCGGGGGCCACGAUAUGUCCCAGACCUGCCAGACCAUCGUGUGCUUCGCCUGCCCCGCCUGCUACCUGCUGUUCAGCCUCCGGGACGAGUGUCUCCAGCACAUGGCCGCCAAAAAACAUUACACGCACGCCCUCGGCAUGAUCAAGGAUUCGAAGGCGCGAGCAUUGCCGGUUCCCAUCCCUUCAUCUGCUAAAAGUCGCCUCAUCGAUUUGUGCAGCGGCGUGGAUUUCAACGUGCGGUGCAGCGACUGCCGCAAAGUGCUGACCUCGCAUCAGGAAGCUCAAGCACAUUUCAACGUGUGCUGCAGACAGGGCCGGGCCGUCUCCGAGGCAGAGAAGACGGUGGUGCAGAUGAUGAGACGCCUGCUGCCGCGGGGCCAGUGCUCCCCCUGCUGCGAGCUCUUCCUCAGCCAGGGGGAGCUGGAGAGCCACAGGGAGUCCACCCGGCACGCCGUGGAGGUCAACCCCACGGCGGAGACGGCCGUCCUCCAGUUCUGCCGCUUCAGCGAGAUCCAGCGCGCCCGCCGGGCCAAGGAGCGCGGGGGGCCGUCGGCGCCGCCGCCGCAGCGGAAGAGGGCCGACGUCGGAGGGCACUCGGCCCCGGCCAAGAGGCAGCGGCUGGACUCUGCGGCGGACGGAGACGCGGGCGCCACCACGCUGGCGUGGGUCUGCGAGUGCGGCCUGCACUUCUCCCAAGAGGCCGCGGCCAAGACGCACCUGAUGGCCGCCAACGAGGUCUUCCACCUGUGUGGCGUGUGCGGCAAGCGCAUGGGCGACCUGUCCAUCACGCGGCUGCACAUGUGCCGCUUCCACGGGGGCGCGCACCUCGCCAACUUCCUGUACCACUGCCGGCGCUGCAAGGUGGACAUGCCCCGCUACGAGGACAUCCUCUCGCACGUGGCCGACGCCCACGGCGGCGGCCACGGCUACUUCGUCGAGCGGGAAGUGCCCCUGGAGCGGGUGGUCCCCGACGCCAAGCCGUCGACCAGCGGCACCGGUGGUCGCUCCAAGGCUCCGGCGGCCCCGCCCCCAGAGCCGGCGCCGUGUCCCACGUGGAUGUGCCGGAUGUGCGAGGAGACGUUCGGCACGGAGGCGGAGGUGGGCCGGCACUGCGGCGACGUGGCCAACCACAGCUUCCAGAGGUUCGUGUGCGGCCACUGCCCCCAGAAGUUCUUCAAGGAGUCGACGGUGCGCCGACACUGCCGCAGCGAGCACGGUGGCGAGCGGGUGGCCGUGGCGUACUUCUGCGGCCUCUGCGACAGCAUGCAGUUUGAGCGGGAGGAGGAGUUCACGGAGCACUACGAGAGGCUCCACAGCAAGGACUACUACCGCGUGGACGACCACGGGGGCGGCGGGAGCGCGGCGGGCGGUGCCAGGUCCGGCGAGCACGGCAGCGGAGACGAUGCGCCGACGCAGUCCGAGAGCCCGGCGGCGCCGAGCCCCUGUCCCUGCAUGGGCUCGGAGAAGGGCGACGACGAGAGGAAGGCGUUGUUCACGCGGUGCGUGAAGAAGCUGUCCGCCGAGGGACGGUGCCGAUACGUCUGCGCCCCGUGCGCCGUCACGGUGGCGUCCUUCGCGCGGAUCAAGACUCACGUCGCCACCACGCACCCCGGCCUGAACCUGGCCAAGACCUUCGACGUCGUGUGCAGCGCUUGCCUGGAGACGUUUGAGAGCGUGCCGACUUUCCACGAACACUUCCACUCGGAGCAUUGUCUCCUGGCCCCCUGCCGCGGCCGCGGGCGCAGCGCAGCCUCCACCCCCGACAGCAUACCGGACGCCCUGGAGGUCAAGCCCGAUCUCAAAGGUGCUGGCGAUGUCAUCUUGGCUAAGGUCCUGGGCAUGGACGACGGCGCCAAAGACGGAGCUGCCCAGGAAGGUGACUCGGAUGAAGAAUUGAUCCGUGCCUUGGCUUUAAGUGAGGCAGAAGCAAAACCGUCAACAGGUGAGGCAGACGUGGAUUUGGAACAAGCGUUGGCGAUAAGCGUGUCACAAACAAGAGCGUCACCAGACUUGGAAGAAGCACUGCAGAGGAGUCUUUUGGAAUUCUAACGAGGAACGUCUAUUAUUUGAGACUUGUUUAAUAUUGUCUAUCACGUGUAUUGUCAUAACAUUAUAUUUCAGUUGAAAGUCUAAUAAACUGUUCUAAAAUAAAGCUGAUAUUUCUGUG